UUAUAUAAAAAAGUUGGUCUAUCUGUCAACACGAUGAUUUGAUUUCCUUUGGUCAUAAAAAAAGAAUUUAUUUUAAUUUUACGUUUUGCUAAGUUAAUUUUCUUGAUUCAAGUGAUUUGGUUGCAGUAAAAUAAAAUCGAUACAACGGUAAAUCAUAAACAGCUAAAGCGAAUGUGUAUGUAAACAAAAAUGGUGAAAAAACGAAGACAAGGUGACCCGCACGUCAACGACAGUGAUUCGUCGUCGGAUGAGAAUUUCAAAGCGGAUAAAAAUGGUUCACCAAAAUGUACACACAUCAAACGGGCCGUCAAUAUUCAAUCGUUGCGAAAAAUGUUCAAGAAAUCGGUGGUGGAAAAUGAAAAAUGCGUUGACUGUGCAAAAAUGUCAAACGGUGAUGCUGAUACAGGCGAUUAUGAAUAUGAUCGUUCGUUGUGGAUGUGCUUAAAAUGCGGUUCACAUUUGUGCGGUCGAACAGUUAACAAACACGCACUUAAACAUUAUCAGACACCGAGAUCCGAAUCUCAUGCAAUUGCUAUGAAUACCACAACGUCGGAAAUUUGGUGCUACGAUUGUGAUGCAGACGUAUUGAACAUUGAGUCCAACUUACAACAAUGCAUUGAUUUUGUUAAAUCGGAAUUGGCAAAAUCAAAAUCAUCGCCCAUCAAAUCCGUUGCACCACUAGAGAAUGGUGACAGUAGUGCUUCCACAGUUUUAGUGAACGGUGAUAAAGAAGGCGAAGCACCCCAAAUCAAUAAAGAGGCGAUGAAAUCGUUGCUUGGACACUCGAUUAGUAUUGUACAUUCGUUGAGCUCAAGCUCGAGCAUUCCGGGCCAAGCAAAACGUGUACUAACAAACGACAUAAACAAAUUGCCACGCGUUCGUGGUCUAUCAAAUCUCGGAAAUACCUGCUUUUUUAAUUCGGUCAUGCAAUGUUUGGCACAGACACCGUUUUUAUUGCCGACGCUCAAAGAACUUUCGAAACCCGAUGAAGAAUUCUCGUUGCCGGGCGGAAAAUUUAAACUUAAAGAUGAGGAUAUUGAAUUGGACCCGAUUUCAGGAAAAUUAAAAUCAUGGGGACCUUUAACAUCUGCACUUGCCGAAGCAUUGGAAGAAUUACAAUCUGGCGGCGGUGUGUAUAAUCCAAGAAAACUAUUUUCUUCAUUAACAAAAAUGUGCCCACAAUUUAGUGGCGGCGAUCAACAUGAUUCACAUGAAUUGCUUCGACAUUUGCUGGAGGGUGUUAAAACCGAAGACUUGAAGCGAUAUCAAAAAGUUAUUUUGGAAUUUCUAAACUAUUACGAUGAUUAUCGUGGAAAGGACUUGCAAUCGGUGCCGGAUGAAGUUAGACAAAAGUGCAAAUUUUAUGGACAACAAGCGAAUGAACGAAUUUUAUGUCCGGAACAAGUGUUUCGGGGGUUCUUAGUUUCAACGCUUACAUGUCAAGAUUGUCACAAUACAUCGUCACGACAUGAAAAUUUCCUCGAUUUAUCACUACCGGUUACGUCUGAAAAACCAGCGCCGCCAAUUCGACGUAAAAGUAGUCCAGAUCAAUUGAGCUCGAUCAUAAAACCGAAUAAGUACCUAAGAAAUGAACAACGGAACAAUAAGAAAAAUCGUUCAUCGUCGCAAGAAGAGUCUGAUGCAGACGUUGAAGAUAAUUUGAGUGAAGAUUUUAAUGCAAAGAAAAAUAAAAUCAACGGAAAGAAAGCGACUAACUUUGAAUUGAUUGAUAGCAAUGGAAAUAUCGAAUCGGAAAAAAAGGAUGAUGAUCCAGAAAAUGUGAAUAAGGAUUUGAAUGAAUCCAAAACGGGAAAUAGUGAAUUUGUUGAAUUGGGCAUCAGUGCGCAAGCUGGCAAAGAACUUGUACAGCAAAUUUCCCACGAAGAUAAAAUCGAAACAACGGAACCAACAUCUUUGCUAGAUAGUUUUCAACAGAUGAAUUUGGGCGAUCGAAAAGAUAAACAAGCGAAAAGCAAACGAAAACGCUUGCACAGCUAUAUUGAUUGGAGCUCAACCAUUGCGCCCCGAUAUCAGUGCGAGGAUGGUGAGUGUUCGGUGCAAUCUUGUUUAAACAACUUUACCGCACUUGAACUGAUGACAGGCAACAAUAAAGUCGGUUGCGAUGCUUGUUCGGAGCGGAUAAAUGGCAAAGAUGGCAAAACAAUAAAUACCAAUGCAACCAAACAAUUUUUGAUAUCAAGUCCGCCGGCGGUGCUCAUAUUGCAUUUAAAACGAUUCCAGGUUGGACCAAGAUGCAUGUUCCGUAAAAUGACCAAACAUGUAUCGUUCCCACUGCUUUUGGAUUUAGCCUCGUUUUGCGCAUCAAAAGUUAAAACACUUCCAAAUGUGCAUCGGUAUCAACGUAAAUUAACAUACUCACUGUAUGGUAUUGUUGAACACUCGGGUUCAAUGUACGGUGGUCAUUACGUUGCAUAUGUUAAGGUGAGACCAAACCUAACCCCAGACGAUCCACGUUGGAAAUUCCUGCCGCAAGGUAGCAAGGUCGAAUUGGAUCAAACUGAUGAACAAAAAGCACGUUUGGAAAAAGCACUGAAAAAGACUAAUUUAAAGGAGAAUCGACUUCAAGCUGGCGAUAGCGAUGAUGCGACAUCAGAAUCAUCGUCGGACUCUGGCAUUGGAUCGACCAAUCAACGAGAUACACCACCAAUAAUGACAGCACCACCAGAAGGAAAAUGGUACUAUGUCUCUGAUUCUCAUGUUAUGGAAACAACGGAAGAGAAAGUGCUCAAUGCUCAGGCAUAUUUGCUCUUCUACGAACGAAUAUAUUAGAUUAGUUUAAUUGUUGGAUUCAUUUAUUUGUCGUUUGGCGAAUCGAAUCCUCAAACAGAAAAAAACACAAUUUCAUUUAAACCGAGUGCAUUUUAA